AUAGUUACAAUGCACUGAGUGGAUUUUACUUAACCUUUGUCAGUUAACAUCGUUUUAAUAUAUAGGAGUUGGUCGCCUGGUCGAACUUUAGAUACAUUUAUCUUAACUUUUAAACACACAUAGCAAAAGUUAUGGGAAGGAAAAAAUGUUUUAUAUUCGUCGUUGUAACAAAUGCUAUUCUUAUCUGUUUGCAAGCUGUAUUUUGGAUAUCAAAGGAUGUCAUUCAAAAUGUAACGCCUAUACGAAAUUACGAAUUAAGAAGACAUAAAAUGGCGAACAUUUCAAUUUCUCGAUGCAACAACUCCUCGGGGAAUUUGAUUGGUUAUGAACAAGAUAACCGCGAUAAAACGCUUAUAGUUUACAGUGAAAUGCCUAAAUGUGGCAGCAGAACUUUCAUUAUAAUCUUAAGUCAUGUUUGCAAAUAUUCCAAACAUUACAGUACUGAAUACACUUGGCCAACUCCCAGUCAUAAUGUGUUGAAAAGUGUUGAAAGUAAAAGGAAGUUUGUAUCGACUAAAAUACUCCCACGAAGACCCUAUAUUUUUAUGGGACAUCUAUCCUUUUUGGAUUUUGUGGAAUUGGGAUAUAAACAACCUCUCUACAUCGAUAUAGUACGAGAUCCAGUGGAACGAUGGAUUUCUCUGUUUUACUCUAAACGGGCUUCACGUUUUCAUAUAGACCGUCUAAAGCUUACGCAUAAAGAAAUAAAUCAAACUAUCGAGGGAUGCCUCCAAAUAUGGAUUUCUCUGACUGGUUGUUCGGGCAGGAGUGUUAAAGCUACCGCAGAUUGUUUAAAAUCGAAGCCAUAUAAGGGGUGUAGGGAGGAACAGGUUAUUUCGAUGUACCCUAUAUGGUUUUCCGGACGAUACAUUAACUCUUCACAAGUGUCGGUGAAAAAGGCUAAAACGAACAUCGAGAAGUAUUAUACUCUAAUAGGUUUGACUGAAUAUUUCGAUGAAACCCUCAAAGCAAUGGAAACAAUUUUGCCUGGUUUCACAAAUGAACUCUCUAACACGUACAAAAUGGUUGAUAACGCACAAGUUGGGCGUAACAAAGUAAAACCAAGCAAUGAAAGUUUCGCCCUUCUGAGAGAAUUGUUAUCAGACGAUUACAAGCUAUAUGGAUUCAUACGUCAACGAUUUCACAUGCAUUUAAACUGUUUAGCUUUAAAUAUGACCAAACAUUGAAAAGUGAAAACUUUAAGACAAUAUAUGUUUUCCGUCCGGCACUCAUCCGGGCAUCGGCGCAUUCAUGAAUGAACGUUUCAAUAUCUACGACAAACUCACGAUUGUGGUCGAGACAAGCUAAGAAUAUCCCAACCAAUAUAUUUUGUUCAUUCCAUUUCUAUUUUAUAAUUCAGUUCUUCGUGAAUAUAUUUCAUAGUUGUUUGAAGGCGAUUAAAUUACUUU